AAGUAGAAAGUUGUCGGUCAUGGCCGUUGUGGCUGGCAUGGGUGCGAGAGGGUAGAGAAAGUCCGUUAUUAGGGAAGGUGUCAUCAUGGAAUUCAUUCUCUCCCUCGCACAUUUCUGCGAGGUUCACGGUCCCACAUCCAUCCUCUGUACCCAGGUUGACAAAGUCUCCUGCAACGCCUCCCACCCUUGUCGGACUCCUUCUUCUGGAAAACUUUCCAAGUCGUCGUCCUUCUCGACUCAGAACAGCUCCGGCGAGGAGCCCACCUCUGCGAGACCCGAUCCAAAUCCUUCCCUCGAUUCUCCUCUUCAGACCCCACCGACCAGCCCUCGAUGGGCCGGAAGUGGUUCGCAGGAUCCCUACUUCGGUGUUCCAGGAGGGCAUCUUGGCUACGGCCAACUGGGAAAUCCCGCGGAUGACUGCGAUGAAUGCGAGAAUUGCACGUUCCUCGUUUCCAAAGACAUGAGCCAGCGUCUCCCGGACGGUGCUCCUGGGAGCCCGACGAAAGACGGCAAGGGUCGCCAUGGCGCACCCAUCUUGCGUACGAAGCAGAGAAUUCAAGUCGGGGACAUACAGUUCCGCUCCUCCGAUGAUGACGACGACGAUACCACCGUCCGGGCGCCCGUCAACCGCAGCUUGCAGGCGAAGAAUGCCCAUAUCCAUCCUCAGCUCGCCUCUGUCUACUCAGGGAAGCUGACACCGUCUCCACCGAGCGCUAAUAGUUCCAUGGCCUCGUCUCCGCUGAAUCUUCCGAAGACCUCGAGCCCGUAUCCUAUGCAUACCCACACGCUCACGUACAUCACGACGCGCCAGCCGUCCACCGCCGCCAGCUAUUCGCUCCUCCGCCGCACAUGCAUCCGCUCCCUCUCGACCGAGAAUCUUCCGCGCGGCUCUCCAUCCGGCCCGAUCCUCUUCGGGGACCCGAUCGCCGGGUACGCCAUCGCCUACGUGUUCAAGCUGCGGGAUCCACGCGCCCGUGGACGGUAUCGAACCUAUGCGUUGCUAGGCUUGGGGGUGAAGGAUAGCUGGAAGGUCACCAAGGUCUAUGUGGAGCUCGUGCGCAUGUUCGAGAACAUCGCGAGCAAGAUCAUCGCCAUGACCGAUAGGGUGCUGGAGAAGGAGAGCCAGAAAGUGGAAUUGGCGUCUGCGAAAGCGAAUGCAAACAGGUCGGAUUUGCUGAAGCACACGGCGAACGGCGCUUCCAGGCCUAAUGCCGCGUCCGAAGCAUCUAGACAGCCUACGGCCGGUGGGAGUUCCGCGCCUUCGAGCACGGCGGCUACCGUCGCCGCAGCAACACGCAAUUUCACGCCGGUCUCAUCCUUCCUUUCCGCGAAAAUGGUCGAUCCGGACGGUCACCCGCGCGGGUCGAGAGAUCCAAGAGAUGCGGGCCGGAGCAAAUGCCUGGCGGAAAUCGUGGGGAAUCCCAACUUUUUCGUAGACCUGCAUGCGCAGUUCUGCUUGAUUCUGAGUGAGCUGAUCAAGGAGUUUGAGGGGCGAUGACGAUACGACUACGAGGCUGGAACGGGUUCGCACGAAGCCGGCGUGCUUGGGACCGGGCAGUUUACACGACAUUAAUAGACACGAAUGGCGUUCACGGCUUGCACCGAUACGCUGGAUUUCCUUUCUUUGGGAUGUUGAGAUACCCGUCUUACCAAGGACAUUUUUCUAGGGGGUUCCGGCAAGCUUCGGCAGUGUGUCGGCGUGAACUCAACGCCUUCGUUCGCGGGCUUGAGGUCAUGACGCCUUGCACGGCGAUUCGGUAAUUGGAGGCGUUUCAUUGGGGUAU